GGGGUCCGAGGGGUGGCGGUCCUGGGGAUGGGGAAGGAGCAGGAGCUGCUGGAGGCGGCCCGCACCGGGCACCUCCCGGCCGUGGAGAAGCUGCUGUCCGGGAAGCGGCUCUCCUCCGGCUUCGGCGGCGGCGGCGGAGGCUCCGGCAGCGGCGGCGGCUCCGGGGGCGGCGGCCUCGGUUCUUCCAGCCACCCGCUCUCCAGUCUGCUGAGCAUGUGGAGAGGGCCGAACGUGAACUGCGUAGAUAGCACCGGCUACACACCACUACACCACGCUGCUUUGAAUGGCCACAGGGAUGUGGUCGAGGUUCUUCUGAGGAACGACGCACUGACCAACGUUGCUGAUUCGAAAGGCUGCUACCCUCUGCACUUGGCGGCGUGGAAAGGAGAUGCCCAGAUAGUGCGUCUGCUCAUCCACCAAGGACCUUCACACACCAGAGUCAAUGAACAGAAUGCUCUUGAGAUCAAAGAACUCAAAAAGUACGGCCCCUUUGACCCUUAUAUCAAUGCCAAGAACAACGACAACGAGACAGCCCUGCACUGCGCGGCACAGUACGGCCACACGGAGGUCGUGAAGGCUCUGCUGGAGGAGCUCACGGACCCCACCAUGCGCAACAACAAAUUUGAAACACCUCUGGACUUGGCAGCACUGUACGGGCGGCUGGAGGUGGUGAAGCUACUGCUGAGUGCACACCCCAAUCUCCUAAGCUGCAGCACUCGGAAGCACACCCCACUGCACUUGGCAGCAAGGAAUGGCCACAAGGCUGUGGUGCAGGUCCUGCUGGACGCCGGCAUGGAUAGCAACUACCAGACGGAGAUGGGCAGUGCUUUGCAUGAGGCUGCUUUGUUUGGCAAGACCGAUGUGGUGCAAAUCCUGCUGGCCGCAGGAAUUGAUGUUAACAUAAAGGAUAACCGUGGCCUGACUGCCCUCGACACUGUCCGGGACCUGCCUUCUCAGAAGAGCCAGCAGAUAGCCGCGCUGAUCGAAGAUCACAUGACCGGAAAAAGAAGCUUGAAAGAAGUGGACAAGACCUCCACAGCCCAGCUACCUCUCCUCUCCAGCACAGACGCCAUAGCACCAAAGUCUCAGGGGAAUGUGGAGAAGGCAGUCACUGAGCUGAUCCCUGAUUUUGACACACAUGCUGAGGAGGAGGGUCCCUACGAGGCUCUGUACAACGCUGUGUCCUGCCAUUCCUUGGACAGCACGGCCAGCGGGCGGUCGUCUGACAGAGACUCCGUGAACAAGGAGGCUGAGGCCACCGGAGCAAGGGCUGCUGGAGUGAGGCCUAGGGAACGUCCACCGCCUCCAGCAAAGCCGCCACCUGAUGAAGAGGAAGAAGAACGUGUAGAUAAGAAGUAUUUUCCCUUGGCAGCCUCUGAGGGCCUGGCUGUGAGACCCAGGGUUCAGAGCAGCGCCCCCCAGGAGGAGGAGGAGCACCCAUACGAGCUGCUACUCACAGCAGAGACCAAGAAGCUGGGGACCGCAGACGGGAGGACCGAAGACCACAGGCAGAGCUGCGGCAGCCGGAGCCAGGACUCUGUGGAGGGGCAGGACGGGCAGGUCCCGGAGCAGUUCUCAGGUCUCCUCCACGGCUCCUCCCCAGUGUGUGAGGUGGGGCAGGACCCUUUCCAGCUGCUUACUGCCCCGAGCCAGAACCACCCUGAGCCCUCCCAGCAGGGCGCCUGCCACGAGGCCAGCAUGCAGCUAGAGGAGCUGGGCGUGCAAGGCACUGGAGCCCCGCAGCCUGGCGUCCUGGACCAAAGCAGGAGAGUGGGCUUGCCGGCAGGCCUGACAGCCCCAGCCAGCAGAACAAACCUCGAUACAUUGACUUGCACAGUACCUCUGCACCCUGCUGGUGCUGAGGAAGAAGACCGGAGUGGGUCCAGGAGCAGAGCCCCUCCCACCAGCAAGCCCAAAGCUGAGCUCAGGCUCAGCCGCAGUUUGUCUAAGUCUGACUCUGACCUCCUGACCUGCUCCCCCACGGAGGACGCCACAAUGGGGAGUCGCAGCGAGUCCUUGUCCAACUGCAGCAUCGGGAAGAAGAGACUGGAGAAGUCACCUUCCUUUGCCUCAGAGUGGGAUGAGAUUGAGAAAAUCAUGAGCUCCAUCGGGGAAGGGAUUGAUUUCUCUCAGGAACAGCAGAAGAUCUCAGGUUCUCGGACGCUGGAGCAGAGCGUCGGGGAGUGGCUGGAGUCCAUCGGCCUGCAGCAGUAUGAGAGCAAGCUGCUGCUGAAUGGCUUUGACGAUGUCCGCUUCCUGGGGGCCAAUGUGAUGGAGGACCAGGACCUGAGGGAGAUCGGCAUCAGUGACUCACAGCACCGGCGGAAGCUGCUGCAGGCUGCACGCUCCUUGCCCAAGGUGAAGGCCCUUGGCUAUGACGGGGUCAGCCCCCCCUCAGUGCCCUCCUGGCUGGACUCGCUGGGGCUGCAGGACUAUGUCCACUCUUUCCUGUCCAGUGGCUACAGCUCUAUCGACACUGUGAAGAACCUCUGGGAGCUGGAGCUCGUCAACGUCCUGAAGGUUCACCUGCUGGGUCACCGCAAGCGUAUCAUCGCCUCCCUUGCAGACAGGCCGUAUGAAGAGCCACCCCAGAAGCCUCCAAGGUUUUCCCAGCUAAGAUGCCAGGAUUUAAUCUCCCAGACAUCGUCCCCGCUGAGCCAGAAUGAUUCCUGUACAGGGCGGUCGGCAGACCUGCUGCUGCCCUCAGCAGACACAAGCAGGCGGCGGCAUGACAGCCUGCACGACCCCGGGGCCUCUCGAGCAGAACGCUUCCGAGUCCAGGAGGAGCCCAGUGAGACCAAGCUGACCCUCCGUCCGCCCAGCCUGGCUGCCCCCUAUGCUCCUGUGCAGAGCUGGCAGCACCAGCCAGAAAAGCUCAUCUUUGAAUCCUGCGGUUAUGAGGCCAAUUAUCUGGGCUCCAUGCUGAUCAAAGAUCUGCGAGGGACAGAGUCCACCCAAGAUGCCUGUGCCAAAAUGCGGAAGUCGACGGAGCACAUGAAGAAGGUCCCCACCAUCAUCCUGUCCAUCACAUACAAAGGUGUCAAGUUCAUCGAUGCGUCCAACAAGAAUGUCAUUGCGGAGCACGAGAUACGGAACAUCUCCUGUGCCGCGCAGGACCCGGAGGACCUGUGUACCUUUGCCUACAUCACCAAGGACCUGCAGACCAGCCACCACUACUGCCACGUUUUCAGCACAGUGGAUGUGAACCUGACCUAUGAGAUCAUCCUGACCCUGGGCCAGGCAUUUGAGGUGGCCUAUCAGCUGGCCCUCCAGGCCCAGAAAUCCAGGACCAUGGCGGCCUCUGCAGCUUCGAUGAUUGAGACGAAAUCUUCCAAACCGGUGCCUAAGCCUCGGGUCGGCAUGAGGAAGUCUGCACUGGAACCGCCUGAUUCUGACCAAGAGGCCCCAUCGCACGCUAGUGUUUCCUGGAUCGUGGACCCAAAGCCAGACUCGAAGCGGAGCCUCAGCACCAACUGAGCCACUGAGGAGCCACACUGCUGCAGAAACAUAGCCGUGGGGAGCACAGGCUCCUGCCCCCAGCACCGAGAGCCUCGUCUGCAGCUCUGAAGACCCAGGCCCAGUCCUGCCGUAGGACCUCCUGUCACCUGCUUGGCCUGGGCCUGCCACCACCUGCAGAACCCUGCCCUGGCAGCGAAGACGCCAGGCAUCUAGCCGAGGAGACCGGAACUCUGGAUGGCCCAAGAAGUGGCCUGUCCAGGACAUGUGUUUUUAAUAGGAAAAGUAAUCCUUUUUAUACAUUUUUAACACUUGGCUCCAGCCUCUCGGUAAAGCUGCCAAUCUUUAAACAAGACAGGAACUGAGACUGGCCUGAAACCCUCAGCCUCUGCCCUCAGAAUGGGCUCUCGGCCUGACUAGAGACAUGAGGACACACUGUGGGUGACUUAGGGCAGAGUUGAGGCUUCUGAGGCUACUGAGGUGAUGACACAGACGUUUCUGGGGUUCCCAGUGGGGAUGAGCAAGUAGUUUCUGGUGUGGGGGACUCAUUAGUACUCACCUGUCGGUGUUAGCACUGCCGGAGGUCCUGUCCCCGUGCUGCUGCUGGGCUGACAGAGCCAUGUCAGACAGGAGUGGCUUUGUUUGGGGCAUUAAUGGGAAUGCCAGUUAAGACUGCAGCUCGCCAGCCUGGGACCUGAUCUGGCCUUGCUCUGAUAAUUUUUGACUCUUGUAUCCUCUGUGGCAGGCUGGGCACAUCUGUUCCAGAUGUGGAAAAGGCUAGUUGAGGAACAGUCUUAUUUCCCCGCUAUGGUCUUGAAGUCAAGCGGGUGUUGCUUCAACUCUUCUGCUAGUUUGCUUUGCUUUCUAAAGUGACUUGGGUGGUGACCCUCCCCCUGGGCUGACAGAGCACAGUGCUGGGGGCAGUACUCAUCCUGGUCCUGGGGACAGGAAGCCAGGCAGCCAUGAGGUCAGAAUGGAAAGCAGGGUUUCCCUCUGCUACACCUGUGGACUUAGCACAGCAGCUGCCGGGGUACAGCCCCUCUCUAGGAAGGGGCCAGGGGCCCUCCGCUGCUCGGUAGGCAGCAGCACUUCCUUUCCUGCCUCGUGCUCGCAGCCCUGGAAAGAAUCCAGAGAGACUCUAGGUUCCUGAUCAGUUGUGCCCAACCCCUUCCCUCUGCCACAAGUGAGCUGAGCGGGCUCUGCCGUGGGCGCAAAGCUCACGGGGACACUGUAGACACUACGACGAGUUCAGAUCACAGGUGGGCACUUCCUCCUCUUGACGCUGCUAUGUCUUAUUUAUUCAGGGUGUUUUCUACCAGAAAGUCUUGGCUUGUCUGCUCUGCGUCUCUUUCAAGAUUAGUUUCUCAAUAUUCAAGAAAGUCCUCUUCUCCUCGGGGUGGGUCUCUCCUUUUCAGGGCAGGUGCCAAAUGGAAGGGUCUGCCUUUGGCACUUGUGUGACAACCGAGGCUGUGCUUGAACUGUGAAGGAGCCGUUCUGAUGGGAGUGGUAAGACCUGCCCAGUCCCUCCCAGCAGCGGCCACAGGCUCCCUCGAUUGCCUCUGGCUAGGCUGCUGCCCUGCACAGGAAGCCCGCUCCUGCAGGCCCUGUGUCCCUACAGGGUACUUUGGACUCUGCCUCUGGUCGCCCACUAGGGGGCAGCUUUGGGUUUGAGCACUCAGACAUGGCUGCAAUCAUCUAGACGGUUCACAGUUAGCUUGUGAGGUGCCCGGACCUGCCCUGCAGGUCACUGGGUUAUUGCUCAUGGCAGACAGUGGGACUGGAUUGUAAGAAAAACGUUAUUUAAUCUUUGUUUCCAUAUUUUGAUACUUGAAUUCCCCUUUUGUUUUACUGUACAUAAAAUUGUUAAUCUGUCCAACUUUGAAUUAUAAACACCUUGUGGUACCAAACGUAACCAACCUGUGCAUUGGCAUAGACCAACCUCACUGCAGAGUGUGCACGCCCUGGGCUUCCGGCUCGGUUUCUUCCUUCCGUAGCUGUACAGCUUAGGACUGACUGAGCUAAUAAAGGAGAGCGGUAGAAACCGGCCA